AACAAACUCAACAAUAUUUUGAAUCUAUUACACCCAUAACAGUUAUGGAAGAUAUGUAUGAUUAUUAUAUUAAUUGGAUUGAAGAAGCUAUCAGUAAAAAACAUAUUAAAUAUUACGAAUAUGAAAAUUUUAACAAUAUUGAAGAAAUUGGUUCUGGAAGCUUUGGAAAAGUCUACCGUGCGAACUGGAAAAGUUCUAAUAGUUUUUUAGCAUUAAAAUCUUUUUGUAAUUUUAACUCAGUCACAGUUAAAGAAGUUGUUAACGAGAUUUCCAUGAAUAUUAUUCGCUUUUUUGGCAUUACAAGAGAAAACGCAAGUGGUGAUUUGAAAAAGUACAGUUUGGUAAUGGAAUAUGCUUAUAGUGGUACUCUUCGAGAGUAUCUGAAAGAAAAUUUUGAUAAUCUUACUUGGGGUAAUAAAUUAGAUCUGGGACUUCAGCUAGCAAAUGCAGUAUUAUGCUUGCAUGAUGAAGGAAUUGUUCAUCGUGAUCUGCAUUCCAAAAAUGUACUACUAGUUAAUCAACAUACUAUCAAAGUAGCUGAUUUUGGACUGUCAAAGAGUAUUAAUGAAGUAUAUAAUAAUAGUACAAAAUCAGAUUUACUUGGUGUAGUUCCAUAUAUUGAUCCAAAGAAAUUCAGCUUACAACCAUACUCUUUAAAUAAAAAGAGUGACAUUUAUAGUAUUGGUGUACUUCUGUGGGAGAUAUCAAGUGGUCAGCCACCAUUUAAAAAUCUAUCAUCCUAUGGUUUAAUAGUACACCUUCCACAAGGUCUUAGAGAAACACCUAUUCCUGAUACACCUACUGCUUAUGUUGAUCUUUAUAUUAGUAAGUACGAUUUUCGUAUGUUUAGAAGUUGGAUAUAA